CAGUGGCGGUGAGUUCACAGAGAGGAAAGUGAGUUUUGACGCUUGUGAAAUGAUCUUUCCCGUUCAGAUGAGACGCUCUCGGACCUGCAGCCGCUGGAAAUAAAUGUUUGCGACCUGCGAGUGAGCUUUAAACGUGUUUAGUAAUCACAAACACAAUCGGGUCAUGAGAGAAGAGUCCGGCUGUGGUCACGACAACAGUCUGAUGGGAGAAGUAGAAUGUCAUCGUCUAUCGACGGGUUCGUCUGUGGGCAGUCACGACCCCCAUUCGGCAGACUGCAGCUCGCUGUCAGGCACUGAGCAUUCUGAGGACAGGCGUCCGGUCAGCACAGUGUCCACUGUUUCGUCCAGCUCUUCUGUCGAGGGCAACAGCAGCCCGUGCCGGGGCUCACCAAACAUGCAAGCGGAUGUCAACCUGGAGCUCAGCCCAUCGGAGGGUCCUUUAGAUCCUCCAGCAAUGCUUGAGUUUGAUUGGCCCGUAGUAGAACCCUUGAUUAACCCUGUAAUUACAGUACCAGAACAUUGCGUAGACCCGUCACCGUUUGCCACGGUCACCAUGGCACCCAACCCUCAGCUCACCUACGUGGACCGUGUCGUCAUGGAGAUUAUAGAGACGGAGCGGAUGUACGUCAGAGAUUUAUGCAGCAUCAUAGAGGACUAUCUUGUACACAUCAUUGACAGCAGGGAUCUGCCCAUCAAACCAGAGCAAGUCUGUUCGCUGUUUGGGAAUAUUGAACACAUUUAUGAGUUCAACAGUGAACUAUUGCAGUCUUUAGACAUGUGCGGCAACGAUCCUGUGGCCAUUGCACGCUGCUUUGUGGACAAGAGCGACUAUUUUGACAUCUACACGCAAUACUGUACAAACUACCCAAAUUCAGUGGCGGUGUUGACAGACUUUUUGAGGAAUAAAACUUUGGCAAAGUUCUUCAGGGAUCGUCAGGCGUCUCUCAAGCGCUCUCUUCCGCUGGGUUCAUACCUGCUCAAACCUGUUCAGAGGGUUUUGAAAUAUCAUUUGCUUCUUCAGGAAAUUGCCAAACACUUUGGCCCUGAGCAGGAGGGUCAUGAUGUGGUGAUAGAGGCCAUAGACACCAUGACAGGAGUCGCCUGGUAUAUCAACGACAUGAAGAGAAAACACGAGCAUGCAGUGAGACUACAGGAGAUUCAGUCUCUGCUUCUGAACUGGAAAGGUCCAGAUCUGACCACGUAUGGUGAACUGGUUUUGGAGGGAACAUUCCACGUCCAUCGUGCCAAGAACGAGAGGACCCUCUUCCUGUUUGAUAAGAUGCUGCUCAUCACCAAGAAAAGAGGAGAACAUUAUGUCUACAAGACUCACAUCUCGUGUUCCACACUAAUGCUGAUAGAAAGUGCCAAAGACUCGCUUCGAUUCAGUGUGACGCAUUACAAACACCCAAAACAGCCGCACGCAGUUCAGGCUAGAACAUUGGAGGAGAAGAAACUCUGGGCUCAUCACAUAAAGAGACUCAUUCUGGAGAAUCAUCACGCUGUUAUACCACAGAAAGCCAGAGAUGCGAUCUUGGACAUGGACUCAAUGUGCCCAGUAAAGUACCGCUACAGUCCAGACCGGCUGAAGAAAGCCACGUCCUGUCACAGUGACAGUUUCUCUGGAGGCGCUCUGAAGGAGCGGAGACGAUCUGAGCCAGCGAAACGAAUCGCACGGACCACUAAAGCGCUCAUCUUCUCAUUUCAUUCUGACAUGAAGGCAGCAUUAGUUCAGGUCCAUUUCAGGUCCAGUUUUGCUCAUUUAUUCUCACCCCUCAACGUAACUUCUUCUGAUUUAACGCUCCAGCACGCAGACAGCGAAGGCACUCUCUUAGUGGACAUAGAGCGCCGUUCCAUGCCGCCUGCCGCCAACAUCUCCUCCCUGAGCACAAAUCCGGUUAAUCUAAAGGCCAUCAUACCUGUAAUCGUGCAGAACGGACAAGAAGAUCUCGAAUCUAGCACCGGCUCGCUGGAUGACCCCUCAGAAAAGAGGCUUAAUGGAGAGGAGGAAGUGAGAGCGAAUAAUUCAGAGGACAGGCUGGAAGGAGAGAAUGCAGAAGAGGAAGUUCUGAUGGGGGUUGAUCAGGUAGCUGACUUUGCCACUUCAGUGUUGGCCGCCAUCACCUGCUGGCAGUGUAGAGCCAGAGCUUUGCUUUCCGAUCAGAUCACAAUGGACAGAGAUGGAAGUUGGGUUAAUCUGCAGAACUGGCCAAUGAACAGGAGCCACCAGACUCCAUCAGAGGAUAAGCCUGAGGAUAAUUUGAGUCUUUUUGGACAGAGUUCUGCUGGGCAAAACAGUUCACAGAGGGUCUCCUCUCCAGGAGUGAACCAAUCACUGAACUAUCCAGAGACACAUGGGACAAUAAUUUCAAGAUGCCACACAGAUCUAGAGAUAGUGGACCUCCUCAAUGGAGGAAGAGAAACUGAAGAGGAAAUGGAGGACAGUGUUGGUUUCUCAACCUAUAUUGGACUAGAAACACAAGUAAGAGAAGAUGAAGAGAAGACUCCAUCCAGCAGGGACCUCCUAGAAGGUACAGAAGACAUGGUGGUAGACGAGGGAGUUCCAGCACCUUAUGGCCUCUUGCCUUCAUCUGUGCUGGACAAUACAAAUAAGGUAUCUGAGCAGUUUACCUGUAGCCUCUCACGAAAAAGCAGUCUGGGAGCAGGUAGAUCAUGUGACUUGGGCUACCCAUCUUCUCGGUCAGAAAGUAGAAGGAGCAGUAUGCUCAGCUGUAGCACAGAGCCGCAGGAGAAAGACAAAGCCCAAGACUUGGGAAGGUCCACUCCAGAACUGUCAACAGAGACGGUUCCAGACAGCCCAUUCAAACCAGACCAAAGACCUCAAAGGAUACAAGAUACCCUCACCAAAAAGGACCGAAUGCUCAUCCAUAAGAUUAGAUGUUAUUACGAACACGCAGAGCACCAGGACGCCAGCUUUGCUGUUAAACGAAGAGAAAGUCUCUCGUACAUUCCUGCAGGACUAGUCCGCAAUCUGAGUCAACAGCUCAAUGACCUUAUGCCAGAAGAAGAUCUGGUUUUACACAGGAGAGCGUCUACGAUCACACGGCCAACCUCAUGGGAUGUUUUUAAUUUGCCUGGCUUGGACAGUGACACAAAGUCCAUAGUUAACAGCUCCAAGUUUCAAGCUCAGAAUGGAGAUGAAGUGCUUCCUAAAGCUGAGGAUUUCCAGCCCACAGCUAAUAUGGUUAAGGUGUGGCAAGACCAGGAAGUGGAGAUGAUUGGGGCUUUAAGACAACCUCAGGACUCUCUCAAAACUACAGAGAAUUCCCAAAUGUCUACACCUGAUCAGAAGAAGAAAGCAGAAACCAGCAAAGCCAGCUCUGAUAAUGGACUCGGAGAACCUCUUCUAAUGUUGGAAGAGUCUGAUGAAAGCUCUACCCUCUCCACUCUUUCCCCAUUCAACAGCAGCUUAGGAAAGGACAAGAGGCAAGAGUUUGAGACCUUUCCAAACCAAGAUCACAAGUUCUAUAAGCACAACAAAGUCAACCAUGCUCCUCUACCCAAAAUCAUCUCACUGAGGUCUGCCAAUGAGGAAAACCUCAUCCUGCAUGAAAUGGACAAUAUGAAAAAUAAAGUGUUCCAGUUGGCUAGACAGUACAGUCAGCGUAUCAAAAACAACAGACCUGUAGUAAAACAAAGGCCCAAGGUCUCGGAGAGCCAUUUUAUGCCCAACAACUUGUCCUCUGUAAUGGAGGAAAGACCUCCUGGGAAAGACAAAGGCAUCCCUGACAGGAUACUGUCACUGGCCUUGAAUGAGCAGGAUGUUGUGCAGGACUCUAAGACUUCUGGUCCAUCCUCCAGCCUCUGUUCUCCUGGAAGUCCUCAGAUGCCAUACAUCUGCAGAUUAAACAUACUGAGACCACAAAGUCCAGCACACACUGAAAGCUUCCACUGGCCAGAUGUCAAGGAGUUGCGCUCCAAAUAUAACAACCUAGAGACCGAACUCACUCCCUCCUAUCCUUUGCCAGUCAGCUGUAGCAGCUCUUAUCCAGAGAGGAUGCUGGAACAUGGACUGGAGAGGUCCAGAGCUCCACAUACCUUGUCUUGUUCAUCCCCCUUCAGUGACGUCACAUUCCCGAGCCCUACAACCACAGAUUCAACAACCUCUUCUAGCAAGACCCUUGUAAAUGAAGGUGCACUUUCACCUCGUAAAGUUAGUUCUCUUGAUCGUGUUCCGGGGGCACCACACACACAUGCAAAACCGAAUAGCUGCUAUGACACUGGUCAAGCUACCCUGCCCAAUGACAAUAACUUAAUUGUAGUUGAGGGUAAGUAGGACCAUGCAAGAAAAGAGUGGUCUUGCAACAGAAAGAGUAGACAAUGAGAAUCAGCUAAGGUCGGAUGUCGUUUUGCAAUCCGAAUUCGCAAUGAUGGACAGCAGAGCAAAAGACUUGAAGUUCUGUGCAUGGGUCGACGCAGGUCAUCCACCCUGUUUGUUUGAAAAACCUGAGAAUGGUCAACACAGUUUGGUUAAAAACCUGCUGGAGAAAUUCUUACAUAUGAGGCUCACAACUGAAUAUUUUAUAUUGCAUUCAUUCAGAACCUUAAAUAGUUUUCAGAUACCAUUCUGUGCUCUAAAAUGUUUGAUGUUUGGCAACUGUUUUAGAGGAAUAGCAUGUGUUUAGUCUUACGCAGGUGCGUUUUUGGUGUCUUAAAAUGCCAGUUGUGAGUUCUAUGUCGUCCAAACCCGCUGAAAAAGGGAUACCUGUGGACUUCAGAAUGUAUUUAUAAAAUUGCGUUCAUGUAAAUAUACAGUAGACUUUUCCUACAUUAUUUUGCGUGUGCCUCUUUGAACUGACGAUAUGGAGACAAAUUACGACUGCGGUACUGUAAUGUUUUGAAUUGUUCAUGCAUUUUUCCUUUCAGUAAUUUUAAAAUAAGCCUCAAGGGAGAACUUACAAUAGUUCAAUGCACUGCAAGGAAAGCAUUAAGGUACAAAUGAUGCACAAAUGACAUUUACUUGGUACUGAAAAAUUGGUCACAUUAUCACAAAAGAGCACUGCAAUAUUACAUACAAUCUACUAGUUUUUGUGCAUUAAGCCAAAGAGUUACUAGUGUAUUUUGAUAGACACUGUCUUGCAUAACUGUUUGUAUUUGAGCUAGAGGAAAGAGGGUUAUCUCAUAAAGACAUCAUUCCACUCUUAUGUGAAAAAUGGACAUUAUAAUCAGAUCAAACCCAAUCAAUGAAAAAAACCAAGGAAGACUGAUGUCUUUGCCAGCCUGGAAUGUUUUCAGCAGCAUGUGUACCAUUUUAAAUGGAUUGAAUGUCCGUAGUAAAAUCUACAUUCUGCUUUAGAAUCUUUACAUUGAAUUGUUGCUGAUUUGUUAUGUGUUUAAAGGUCAAAUAUGAGGUCAUUAUACUUGACGGACACCAAAUGAUUUGAGGAGCAUAUUAAUGGACACACAGAAUGUGUGAAUUGGGUAAAUAGUCUUUGAUAUUGGGAGAUAUUGUAAGCUAGCUUUGUUUUUGUAUUUUUGCCCAUUGGUAUGGGACUUAUCUCCAGGUAUGAUGACACUGUAAUCUUGUAUAUUUAUCUUUAUUUAUUUGAAAUGGUGUAAAUAGUAUGCACAAUUCCUUUGUAAAAACAGCCCACUUAUUUCAUAUUUUUUCUCUCCGAUUACAUUAAACAAAGCUUUCAACACUAUAAUCAUAAUAAUUUCUUCUUGUUGUCCU